GUGUGUGUGUGUGUGUAUGAUAAAUUAAUACCUUUGAUCAUUUGGCACCUUUAGAUAUAAUUAAUCGCGCUGAUCAUCAGUCAACAAUGAAUCGUCUCUCUUGUUUCGUGCUUAUGAUUGCAUUAUGUGUAGGGUUUAGUAACGCAAGACCGAAAAACACAGUACAUAUCUUUAACUAUCUUCUUGGCAAAAACAUUCUAAGAGUUCAUUGUAUAUCAGACGAAGAUGACCUAGGCACCCACCUUUUGAAUCCUGGACAAACAUACAAUUUUAGUUUUCAGGAUAGUGUUUUCAAAACAAAGGUUGAUUGCCAAUUAUGGCAGGGAAUUAAUUUCAAGUUUUUUAAAAAAUUUAGGGCAUAUGAAAGUGGUGGUGUUAUAGUUCAUUACGGUAAACAGAAUUUUUGGUAUGCUAAAGAAGAUGGGAUCUACUUCACACAUGGUCAAGAAGCUCCCAAGUUAGAGUAUAACUGGACCGAUGUUUCAUUACUCAAAGGUUGACGUCUUUGACUCUUUGUGUAUAUAUGACUAUGUAAUAUAUUUUACCUAUUGAAUAAAACGAUAAUAAUUGUAUUUA